AUGCCAUUUGCACAGCUCGUCCUGGGCAGCCCGGGUGCGGGGAAGAGUACAUAUUGUGACGGCAUGCACCAGUUCAUGGGCGCAAUAGGCAGACAAUGCUCAGUUGUUAAUCUCGACCCUGCAAACGACAAGACGAGUUACCCAUGCGCCCUAGAUAUCCGCGAUCUCGUUACGUUGGAGGAGAUUAUGGGCAGCGAUAACCUGGGGCCGAACGGCGGAGUUCUCUAUGCCCUCGAGGAGCUGGAGCACAACUUUGAGUGGCUUGAGGAAGGCUUAAAAGAGUUGGGUGACGAGUACAUUCUGUUCGACUGUCCAGGUCAGGUCGAGCUGUAUACGCAUCACAACUCGUUGCGCAACAUCUUCUUCAAGCUUCAGAAGAUGGGAUUUAGGAUGGUCGUUUUGCACCUCUCGGACAGCUUCUGCUUGACUCAACCCUCUCUCUACCUCUCGAACCUCCUGCUCGCGCUCCGAGCCAUGCUGCAAAUGGACCUUCCGCACAUCAAUGUCCUCACCAAGAUCGACAAGGUAUCAUCGUAUGACCCGCUGCCGUUCAACCUCGACUUCUAUACGGAAGUACAAGACCUGUCGUAUCUCCUGCCGAGUCUCGAAGAAGAGUCGCCUGCUCUGCGAAGUGAAAAGUUUAGGGCCCUCAACGAAGCAGUUGCAAACUUGGUAGAAAGCUUUUCGUUAGUUCAUUUCGAGGUUCUGGCGGUUGAGAACAAGAAGAGCAUGAUGCACCUCCUGAAAGUGAUCGACCGAGCGGGCGGGUAUGUUUUUGGAAGCGCUGAGGGAGCCAACGACACCGUCUGGCAGGUUGCGAUGAGGAACGAACCGUCCAUGCUCGACGUCCAGGACAUCCAAGAACGAUGGGUUGACCAGAAGGAUGAGUACGAUGCUGCUGAGGCCAAGACAGAGGAAGAGCAGGCCAAGAUUAGAGAAGAGCAGGCGGGCGCAACCGGUCGUACCGGUGCAGGGGACGAUGAUUUCGAUGACAUGCCCAUGCCGUUGCCUUCAGACCUAGGCGUCAAAGUGACCCGUAAAAAGAAAUGA